AUGUACCGACAGAUUCGUGUGCAUCCUAAUGACACUCAUUACCAGAGAAUUUUUUGGCGAGAAAAUUCUUCCGACCCAGUAAAGGUAUUGGAGCUGACAACAAUAACGUAUGGUACUGCCUCUGCACCGUUUCAAGCCACUAGAUGUCUGAUACAGCUUGCAAAAGAAGAAGAAUCGAAUUUUCCCAUAGCAUCCAAUAUCAUUCGCAAGGACUGUUAUGUUGACGACGUGAUAUCUGGAGCAGAUACAUUCGAAGAAGCUAACGAAGCUAUCAAUCAACUGAGAAGAAUGCUAGCGAAAGGUGGUUUUCCAAUUUGCAAGUGGUGCUCCAAUUCAACACAACUAUUGCACAAUUGUCCUAUUGAAGAACAAGAAACGCUGAAGCCCUGGAAAGACCGAUCCAUCAAUAGUGUGACUAAAAUACUUGGUCUGACGUGGAACCCGUUAUCCGACGAACUGCUGAUUGCUGGUGAGUUAGAACAUAUUGAAGAUCAAAAACGACGAACUACGAAACGACGAAUAUACUCCGAGGUAGCAAAGCUGUAUGAUCCAUUGGGAUUAUAUUCCCCAACAGUUGUGUUAGCUAAACUACUCGUGCAACAGCUUUGGAAAUGUAAGAUCGGCUGGGACGAUUCAGUCGAAGAAUCAUUCGUUCAACAGUGGUGCAAUAUAAAACAAACUCUUCCUCAUCUUAAGAAAAUAACGAUUCCUCGUCAAGUGACAUACAACGGAGCUAUUGAUUUUGAGUUGCAUGGCUUUGCAGACGCCUCCAAUUUAGCUUAUGGCGCAUGUGUAUACGUGCGAAGUUUGUUUCCCGAUGGCUCAGCAACGUGUCGACUGUUGAGUUCAAAAUCGAAGGUCGCCCCGCUACACGAAUUGACGAUUCCACGCAAGGAAUUGUGCGCCGCGUUACUGCUGACACGACUGGUGAAGAAGAUUAUUGAUGCUGUAGAAAUGAACUUUUCUCAGAUAAUGUUGUGGACUGACAGCCAAAUUGUACUUGCUUGGCUGAAGAAAAAUCCCGACCGAUUGCAAACCUUCGUCAAAAAUCGCGUGAUGGAAAUCCGCAAUGGUUCGGGAGAGUAUCAAUGGAACUAUGUGAAAUCGUGUGAUAACCCAGCAGAUGUGGUGUCCCGAGGCCAACUACCAACGAUCCUUGCACAGAAAGACAUGUGGAGGAAUGGUCCCAAUUUCCUUACCACAUCAACCAUCAUUUUUGAAACACUGAACGACGUCCCGGAAGAAGAUUUACCUGAAAUGAAACCAGUGAUCAUGAGUCAUUCAGCAACAAUAUUGGAAUUGCUUCCGGUAUUUAGCAAGUACAGUUGUUUCCGAAAGCUGCAAAGAGUGAUCGGUUGGAUUUUACGAUUCAAAAAUAACUGUCAUCAAAAGAACAAUCAUAUCAUUCAACGCCAUUUGACAGUAGCAUAA